CAAUCGUUUCUUCCAGAAGUUACCUUUGAGAGAGGAAUUGUUCAGAUAUGUUCUUUAUUGCGGCCGUCCUGUUGGUGCCGUUCGUCAUUCGCUGUGUUUCCUCACAGGGGCUGAACUGUGCUUUCUACCUGAGCAGGAGUCUAAGUGGUGUUUUCCAUUAUGAUCAGAGGAUUCGAUAUUCACUGACUUUCCCUGCUGCUAAAGUGGCUUGUGAGCAAGACUUUGGUGCUGUGGUGGCAACAAGGGAGCAGCUUCAUGCUGCCUACCUUGCUGGACUAGAGGGAUGCAGAGCAGGUUGGAUUUCAUCAGGAGAAGUUGCGUAUCCAAGGAGACACAGAAACUGGAAUUGUGGCCAAAAUAGAGUCGGCAUUAUUUCAUACGGAGUUAGGAAGAACCUUUUGGAAAAGUGGGAUGUGUAUUGCUACAAACCUGGUGAUGACUGUUUUGCUCAUAAUCAGUCACCACAAUUGGAAGGGAGUACUUCUGACAGCAAAUCAAUGGAUCUAUUAUUAUUGGGAUCGAUCAUGCCUUCUUCUCAGAAUAAUGCUUCCAAGAAACAAGAAAUUGCUAAAGCAGAUCUGAUCCAGCUUCAAAAUCAAACAAAUCAGUUCCCAAAUGUGGUAAAACCAAGCUUUCAUAACAAGCAGACUAAAGAUCUACAUGACUUAGAAACUUUCACGUCAGCUAAUGUUGCUUUAGCAGAAACUUCAAUUGCCUCCUCAGUCAACGGUUCAGAAAAGGACAACUUUAAGGAAUUGGUGAAACCGUUUUUAAUUGAAAACUUUGUGAAAAGUUCAGAUAAUAAGUAUUCACUGCAAGUGGAACAAAGCGAUAAAGUUAAUGCAGCUUCUCAAUUAAGUGUAAAUUGGUCCAAGUUUGAAACAACGAACAACUUGACAAAUGGGACCAAGAAAGAAUACUAUUCAGAAAUGACAAGCAGUUCAGUCACUACUUCCUCUGAAAUAAAUGCAGUGAGGUUGCAACUUUGGAAUAUGACUAUUGAUAAAUCUAAAAGCUCGAAAAUAGAUGAUGAUUCAGGAUAUAAAGACACUAAAACCCCUCAAGCUUCACACCUUAGAUACAAAAGUAGCCCUGAUGGAAGAGGUGCGCUCUCCAUGAAUACAUCAUACCAACAUGAAAUCACAACACAUUCUUUGGUGAGCCUGAAGAAGUUUGUUAUGGACUUGAGGAAAAGCGAUAAGUCAGACCUGCACUUUCAAUUAGGGGGAUAUUUUAAAGGAGGGGAAGUAGAUCAACAAUAUCUAGUUUUUCAAAAGGGGAAAUAUUUUUGGAAAAUGUUGCUAAGGAUAGUGCAGUCCACCAAUCGGCUCCAGAUAAGCACCUGCCAGCUUCACAAAAUGUGCUGA